AAACAACACCAGCCAACCGGUUACGCAAAACCACAGCAGUAUCCCAUGGAUUUGCUUUAGCCUUUAGUGGUUUACAUAAUUCAUGAAUGAGACUCUUAAAGGGCCGUGUGCUCUCUAUCAAGCUCUUCAUCCAAAACUCAAACUAUCAUUAAUCAACUUUUUGAUAAAUCACUUGCAAUAAGCGAAUUACUGCUCCUACUUAGAAUUAAUCAGUGAAUAUGAGUUCGACAAGCAAAGCGUGGAUGGUUGCUGUUAGUGUCGGUGUUGUUGAAGCAUUAAAAGAUCAAGCUGGAAUGUGUAGAUGGAAUUAUGCUCUGAGAUCCAUUCAUCAAUACACAAAGAAUAGAGUGAAAUCAUCAAUUUCUCAAGUUACUUCAUCUUCUUCUAUUCCGGCUUCAUCCGUUAUUCCAGAUCAGAUUAUGCUGCUGAAGCAGCAAAGAGAUCAUGAAAUGAAGCAAUCGGAAGAAUCACUUAGAAAAGUUAUGUAUUUGAGCUGUUGGGGUCCAAAUUAAAAAGGAUCUUAAAAUCCUAAAUUCUAGCUAAGAUCAAAUGGAUCUUAUCUGAGUUAAAUGGUGAUUGUAUUUUGUAUAUAUAUGAAAUUUUUGUCUCAAAGUUUCUAAACUUCUUAUUUUAA